CGCCUUCUUAGUAUGGCGUAGGGUGGGGAACGGGCACUGACCAGUAGGGGCGCUAUUUGGGCAUUCUGAGUUCCUGGUAACUACCUGAGGGAAACCGAAAGUGAGAGGGAAUGCAAAUAACUCAAGAAAGUGGUCAUUUUACCUUCUAGUAGUGGGCAGCGUUGAUUUAGUUGACUUUCGCUUUGGAACUGUUUAAAAACCGUUUGAGAAAGCAUCGUGUUUUUUUGAAGUGGCUACUGUACGUUAGCAAAAAUGCAUCGAGUAAAUCGGGAAGAAGUCGAGCUUGAGAAGAGUGUACGCCGAUUAAUGGAGAAAUUCCACCUCAGAGCUGUCACUGUAGAGUUGGCAACAGUGCUUAUGAGACGAUUUGCAAAUAAUCAUGACCUGGUCACCAGGUACAUAAUUCUGUUCAAGGAUCAGAUUCAAGCCAUGGAGCAAGAAGAUGUUGAUGCCUUAAAUAAUGACCCAGUAGCACAGAACGUCGUCCAGAGAAUAAGAAAUGGCCAGCAACAGCAGAAUGACGCCAGAAGAAUGCAAAAUGGAAAUCAGGGUCAAAGGAACAAUAUUGAGGAGGAUCCUGAUGUCAGGGACCUUGGCCAGCAGUUAGCUUUACUUCCUUUGACUGAGAGGAAUGUCCGGAUGUUUAACAAUGCCAGGCAGAAUCAAAUACCAUUUGAGGAGAAGCAGUUUGCUUGCCAGGCUUGUGACAGCAUGUGGUGGCGUAGGGUUCCUGUUAGAAAAAUGGUUUCCAGGUGCCACCGUUGUAGGGUAAAAUAUGAACCAGUGCCUCUUAACAGAAUGUGGGGAGCAGCAGAGUUUAGAUGCACCACCUGCAACAGGACCUUUAGAGGAUAUGGACAAAUGGAAGUUUCUUCUCCUUGCUAUUCAUGUGGCACUCCAGUGACACCCACUGCUAUCAUUCCACCUCGAAGGCAGAAUAGGCCCCGCAACAGGAACCCUCACAGCUGUGCUGCAGAGGAUUGUUACAACCGAAGAGAGCCCCAUGUUCCUGGUACCUUAUGUCCUCAUCCACGUAGCAGAGAGAGAAGCAACUUACCUAAGGUGCUGUUUGCAAGUCAUGUUCAUGACAGCACUGGUUCCACGGUUGCUACAUGCAUCAGUCAGGGUAGUCUACUGAGUAAUGAUAUUAAUGAUCUAAUCAUGGAUGACAUUGCAGAAGCUUCAGAAGAGGAUGAUGAAGAUGGCAGUGAUAACUGAACAUGCCCCCGAAGGAAGACAUCUUAACUGGCAGAGAUUAUUGAGCACUUUUAUCUAUGUCUGACUGUUUCAGUCUUUAUUUGAGGCAGUCCUUAUUGAAUGUAAUUUGUAAACCAUAUGUGACUAUAAAUAAUUAUACUGAGCUAUGGAGCUAUGUCAGGAGGAGAACCUAAAUGUUUAUUAUUGCCAGAUUACUUGUUUCCUCACUUUAGCGGUAUUUGGCAACCUCCGUUUACCUUCAAGAAGUUAUGAAUAUGUUUCUCUAAAGCUAUAAAGUUUGUGAAUCUCAUAAUUGCAUACUUGACAAGCCGCGGUCUUGAAUAGUCGAGGAUGUCUGAGCUAGUUCACCAGAUCAAGAGUUGACAGUUAACAAGUUCCUGAAGCAGAUACUGAAUAGAGCAUUUGCAUUAUCCUAAUUACUUCUGAUUUUCAUACCAGCUGUGCUGAUCUGGUUUGAAAAAAAAUCAGUGUUUGUACCAUUUGUGGCUUGCCACCCCAUAAUGGCAGAAGGACUGGAAUCAUUUUCUUGGAUGUCUUAUCCAUAUUUCUGCUGAUUUGUUUGGCUGGCCAAGGUGAUACUAUUAUGAGACUGUUUUGUGUGUUCUUACUUUCAUAUGUUGACAUAUUCUGAGUUUCUCAAACUGAAAGUCCGUAGGUUUUCCAGAUUAAAAGUGAAGUAUACUGGCUGGGCACCAGAAUUCUUCAGUCUGUACAUUUGUUGUAGGAGCAUCCAUAAAGAAGUUACUUUGUUGGAAUUUUUAUAUGA